AUGCCUGCUCCGUAUAGGCAACCAGGCUCACCUAAUAAUCAGAGAGAGAGAACAAGAGGAGUCGUGGCCAAUAAUGCACCCUCGCAAUCGAACAACAUCAAGGCUCAGGGUUUCUCGUUCCGUGAGUUAGCCACCGCAACAAAUAAUUUCAGGCUAGAGAACCUCAUUGGCGAAGGCGGGUUCGGGCGGGUUUAUAAAGGAAAGCUCGACAAGACAGGACAGGUCGUGGCAGUGAAACAGCUUGACAGGAACGGACUACAAGGACAAAAAGAGUUCUUGGUCGAGGUUUUGAUGCUUAGCCUUCUUCAUCAUUCGAAUCUUGUGAACCUAAUUGGCUACUGCGCUGAUGGAGACCAAAGACUUCUUGUUUACGAAUAUAUGCCUCUUGGAUCCGUCGAAGAUCAUCUCCUUGAUCUUGAACCGGGUCAGAAACCACUAGAUUGGAACUCGCGUAUUAAGAUCGCUGUAGGAGCAGCAAAAGGACUCGAGUAUCUCCAUGAUAAAGCCAAACCUCCAGUGAUUUAUCGAGAUCUUAAAUCAUCAAAUUUAUUGCUUGACAAAGAUUUCGAAACAAAACUGUCAGAUUUCGGUUUAGCAAAGCUUGGUCCUACCGGAGACACACUACACGUGUCUUCCCGGGUUAUGGGAACUUACGGUUACUGUGCUCCCGAAUAUCAAAGAACCGGCCAUCUUACGGUUAAAUCAGAUGUUUACAGUUUUGGAGUUGUGUUGUUGGAACUGAUAACCGGAAGACGAGUUAUCGACACUAUGAGACCAAGUCAUGAACAAAAUCUGGUUACUUGGGCACAACCAAUCUUCAGAGACCCAACUAGAUUUCCACAACUAGCUGAUCCAUUGCUUCGAGGCGAAUACCCGGAGAAGAGUUUAAACCAAGCUGUAGCUGUAGCGGCAAUGUGCCUGAAUGAAGAACCUACGGUCAGACCACUAAUCAGCGACGUUGUUACAGCCCUCAGCUACCUUGGUACAUCUUCCGAUUCCUCCGAUGCUGACCCUAGUCAUUUGCAACAAAACCCAUCAGAGACAUAUCAUGAUGCAGUUCAGUGGGAUUCAAGUCCUAGAUAA